AUGAUGAAAGAGGAAGGGGAGGGGCUCUGGGGAGUGGUCAGUGGCUCUGAGAGCAUCCGGUCCACAGCCUCUGCCCUGAGGAGGGUGAAUGGAGGAGGCUGCAAGUGGUGCCUCAGGACCUGCGUGCCCUCCUCAUCCUGUGCACCGUGGUACCCAGGCCCUGCCUCUCCGCGGGUGUCCCAACAUGAGGGCAGGCGCUCUCUUGCUGCCUCCCCUUUCCUUCGCCCUGUCUCACAGUGCCCUUGGCCCCUCAGUGCCCUGUGUUCUUUCUCCCCGUGUGUCACCCUCACAGAGCAGAGAAGGAGUGGGAAUGAACCCCGGCUACCUACCCCACACCCCAAUGUCAGAACAGGGUAUAAGCGAGGAGAGGUGAUUGCUGUAACUUCUGAAGUUUGGGCUCUGGCUCAAGACUCCAAUCAGCCAGAAACCCACAAAGAUCAAAGCACUAGUGAGCGCCGCUGCCAUCCUGGACCUCAGGCCAAGCCUGUGGGGAAAGGCCUGCCACACGCCGUCAUCGGCUCGGGCAGAAGCCGGCCUGACCCAGCCGAGGAUCUGGCCAGGCCAUCCCAGCACCAGCGGGCACGCAGGCUGUCGCCAAGCCUCUGCAUCCCAUCCGAGCACUUAAUCCUGACCAGCACUUAG